AUGUUCCAAAAGGUCUCGGACAAAUUCCACCGCAAGCAACAGUCCUCGUCCUCCUCUGGAAAAACACAGCAAUCCUCCCCAACGGGUGCACUCUCCAAGGUCAGCAGCCAAGGACAACCAGCUCCUGCGAUGCCGCAGAAUCAUUCGCCAAUGGAGGGUAUCGAAAGCACCACUCCCGUGAUGCCCCAGGACGAGACCUCUCACAAACCCUCGGCAGCCGGGUCCUCUGCUUCGUCUUCACUCUCCAACAUUCCCCCUCAAGCCCGCACACUCUCUGCUGCGCUUGGCGUACAUGGCUCGUCCGGGGAGGCCCACGACCCAAAUCAGCAGAUCACUAGCUCCGUAUCGCGAAGCAGCAGUGCUGACGAAGAGCGUAUGAGGGAGAAGGCCCGGGAGGCGCAAGAGCAGGCAGCUCAAGCCCAAGCCAACCUUCACAACGCGACCCAGCAGGCUCGCGUUGCAGCCAUCAAUGCUGCCGCGACGCAAGCAGCAUUGGAGACUGGAAGUCAGCUGCCCGCCACGGCAAAGGUACCCGUCCCAUCUACUGGCUCUCAGUCUGGUCAGCCCAGACGCAAGACCGCUGGCCGAUAUGCCCUUUCGGAUUUCAUGAUCGAGAGGACGUUGGGAACUGGCUCUUUUGGGCGAGUUCAUCUCGUGCGAUCGAGGCACAAUGGUCGAUUUUACGCCGUCAAGGUGCUGAACAAGGAAAAGGUCAUUAGGAUGAAACAGGUCGAGCACACCAAUUCUGAGCGAGAGAUGCUGGUUCGGGUGCGACACCCUUUCCUUGUUAAUCUUUGGGGCACAUUCCAAGAUGUCAACAACCUUUACAUGGUCAUGGACUUUGUCGCCGGAGGAGAGCUUUUCAGUCUCCUCCGAAAAAGCCAGCGCUUUCCAAACUCUGUAGCAAAGUUUUAUGCUGCCGAAGUUGCGCUGGCUUUAGACUAUCUCCAUUCUUUAGACAUCAUCUACCGAGACCUCAAACCGGAGAAUUUGUUGCUGGGCGCCGACGGUCAUGUCAAGGUGACAGACUUUGGCUUUGCCAAAUAUGUUCCCGACAUCACAUGGACCCUUUGUGGCACACCAGAUUAUCUCGCACCCGAGGUCGUUCAAUCCAAGGGUUACAACAAGAGCGUAGACUGGUACGCUCUGGGUGCUGGGUAUCCUCCCUUCUUUACUGAGGAUGGCAACCCCAUGAAGCUUUAUGAGAAGAUCAUAGCUGGAAAGGUCCGUUAUCCAACGUACUUUGACAUGAUGGCCAAAGAGCUCUUGCAGAAUCUGCUGGUCGGUGAUCUUACCAAGCGUUACGGUAACUUGCGGGCUGGAUCGUCCGACAUCUUUGCGCAUAGUUGGUUUGCGGAAGUGGACUGGGACAAGUUGUACCGAAGAGAAAUUCCAGCUCCCUAUGUGCCCAAGAUUGAAGGAGAAGGAGAUGCUAGCCAGUUCGAUCGGUACCAGGAGGCGGAUGUCAGCGCCUACGGAAAAGCAGGUAUUGGUCAGUACGAUCACUUCUUUAUGGAUUUCUGA